CUUUUUUUUUUUUGUGGGUUGUUGUUUUCAUCAUCGUCUUGUUAUUAUCCAAUCUUUUCUUAAUUUCAUAUAAAAGGUACAAAAGUUUCAAAAUUUUAUUUUGUCCUUAUAUGUCACAUUUUAUCCAUAACAUUUCACCCAAUUAAGAAUUUUAUUUUUGGCUCUAUGCUUGAAUUUUCUCAUAAAUGAGGAGAAAUUGAAAGUGGGUAGGAGCUAAAUUUUUGGAGAAAACUAAUUUCAUGUCCAAUAAUUUGUUCCUUAAUUAUAGGCAUCCAUUGUUCAAAAAGAUCUUUUGAUUUUGUUGUCUGCUUCUUUUCGCCUGUGAUCUAGGGUUUUUUAUUCCCUGCUCUCAUUGAGAUUGUGGGUGGUUAGAGGUGCAGGGUUGUCUUUCAGAAUCAUCAGCCAAAGUUUGAGGUGGAUUUUUCGAAUUUCUUGAUUGAUUUAAGUAGCUUUUGUCGAAAAAGAAUUUGUGCAUUUCAUUUCUUGAAAAAGGCAAUUAAGCUUGGGAAUUAAGUGAGAGGAUUACCACUUUAUAUAAUUACUUGGCUGUAAUUUCAUUUGACAAUUUGAGUCUCUAUUGGAAGUAUAAGCCUUAGUUUGAGCACUUUCAGAUUUAUGAUAUAUAAGAGGAAGAUUUAGGUGUUAAUACGAGUUUAUAUUAGUGCCAUAUGGCUUCUCGAGAAGGGGAGUUUUUGAUUGAUAUUGAAUGUGGUGGUACUACCUCAGAGGAAGAGGGAAGUGGGGAUGUUUCUGGUAAUAGCCGAGGGAGAAAAUCGUUGAGUAGGGCCCACAACGGGGUUUUAAGUUAUGGAUUGACAAGCGGUGUGAUUGAUAUUGACUCGAGUGAUAGUUUCUCUAAAUUAAAUGAUGUUGGUGGUCAAGGAGUAGAGUUGGUCAUUGACAAAAGUUUGGGAGGUGAAGAAGGUAGAGAUCUUGCAGCUCUUUUAGAAAAGAGGAAUUUAAAUGAGCAACGAAAAAAGCCGAGCUCCAAAAACGCUUCCAAACCACCACGACCUCCUAAAGGUCCAUCAUUGACUGCAUCGGACCUAAAGUUGGUGAAGGAGCUUUCGGAGCUUGCUGCUAGGAAGCGUGCAAGAAUUGAACGGAUCAAAGCGUUUAAGAAGAUGAAAGAUGCCAAGCGGCCAUCUCCAAGCAGCAGUGUAACUGCAAUGGUGAUAACUGUUCUCUUCUUCCUUAUAAUAGUAUUUCAAGGUAUAUUUUCCGGAAAUAACUUUGCUAAGAAGUUUCAGGGGUCUCCUGCACCGGCUACAGCAAGUGAGGGUUUAAUUUCAAUUCAACUCUUCAACAAUGCUCCUACAAAUGAGAUUAAUCAUCCCAUUUCUUUCCCUCCUAGUUCUUUGGAGCUGGCUUCCGGAUUUAGUCCCCAGGAGCAAGAAGGCAGGGAUGCCCGGUAAAAAUCCGUUCUUAGAAUCAGCAGGCUAAUCUGACACUUCACAUUUUGAUAGAUUGAUUUUUUGUAACUUCUGAUCAAUUUUAAUUUUUUCAUUUUUUUCCCCAAACUUCUGCUCAUCUGUAAAUAUUCGUACUAGAACAUAUCUGGGAGGAUGUAUAGGUAUUUGCAUGACUUGAACCGUGUCUUAUCCAGACUCCGAUAUUCAGAUCAAGGAGCAAUUUUUUGAGCCUUCCA